GCCAGUAGCGUGCCGUCUCUCGAACCGGCUAGUUCUGGAACCGAGUGGGACCUCACCGCUCCCGUCUGUCGACUCUCGUCGAGUUGCUACGUAAAACUCUGAAAAAGUGGCGUGAAUAAAUCCUAACUAAUCCAUUCGACUUCCCCAUGUGUCGCAACAGCAAAUUGAAAAAAAUUUCCACUCUCCCUGUGAAGAAAAUAAAAUGUUUCUGAAAACGCGAGAAAACUUGGAAAAUCGAUACCGUGAAAACUUGUAGAAAAUCUAACAGUUAGUCAAUUCUGUGAAGGUGACAUUAUUAGGAGUUUGAGAAGUUUCAGAGGAGAGAAGUGAGAAAACUUUCAAAACUGAAAUACCUUUUCAAAGUAUGAAAUAUUCUCCCAAAUACUAUUUUAUCUGACGAUAAAGUAGUGCUGUGAAGUCUUCUAGAGAAAGGUGUACGACGAGCUCUGGCACAAUAUGGCGGCAACAAGUUACUUGAACUGAACAGUUUCCUUCAACCUCGCGUAGAAUCUUGAGGAAAGCAAAUUUGUGAGAAUGAUGAACAGUUCAGGCAGAAUGAAGAGAGAUGAAGAGUCUGCGGAAUGAAUGGGUGAUAAUGGAGAAGUCUACUUGGAAGCAUUUGCGCGCUUUCCAGUGUGAUGAAAAGCAUUAUUUGUAUGCCAUUAAGAUGAACUCGGUGAGCUAGGAAGGCUAAUAAAGCUCGAGCAGAACCAUAAGUUGAGUACAUCAUCAUGGCGGGAGCGAAUCUGCUGGAGUUGCAGGAAACCACAACAAUGAUGUCGAUAUCAGAGUUCAUUACUACGGAACUGGCAACCUCAAAUUACAACAUAACGGAUAUUCUUCUCGCCUCUCCCACUCAACCUGAAAUAAACAAUUUCUAUUUCUACGAGACGGAGCAGUUUGCAGUGAUGUGGACUCUCUUCAUCCUGAUAGUUCUGGGAAACUCGGCAGUACUGUUGACUCUGCUCCUAAGGAAAAAUCGGAAAUCCAGGAUGAAUUUUUUCAUCAUGCAAUUAGCAAUUGCUGAUUUAGCUGUGGGACUGAUUCAGGUUUUGACAGACAUCAUAGUGAGGAUGACAAUAGCCUGGCAUGCUGGGAACCUCGCCUGUAAGGUCGUCAGGUACUUGCAGGCUGUAGUUACAUAUUCUUCUACAUAUGUAUUAGUUGCUCUCAGCAUAGACAGAUACGACGCUAUCAAGCAUCCUAUGAAGUUUUCGGGAAGCUGGCGUCGAGCUAAAGUACUAGUCGCAGUAGCAUGGUUCCUAAGUCUGUUAUUCUCCACACCAAGUAUGGUGCUAUUCGAAGUACAAAUGGUGCAAGGACAAUUGCAAUGCUGGAUAGAGCUGACAGAGUGGCAGUGGCAACUCUACAUGACUGUUGUAGCACUUCUAAUAUUCGUAAUUCCUGCAAUUAUCAUAACGGCAUGCUAUGCCAUUAUUGUGUCAACCAUAUGGAGUAAGAGUAGUCAUAUUGUAGUCGUGGAUAAUGUCCAUAAGCGUAACAACAAAGGUUUGUUCGACAAAUCAAGUCAUCAUCAUCACCAUCACCAUCAUUUGCAUGAUCAUGACAGUCGGCGUGCAAGCUCAAGGGGACUUAUACCGAAAGCCAAAGUCAAGACUGUCAAGAUGACAUUCGUCAUUGUCUUUGUUUUUAUCCUGUGCUGGAGUCCGUACAUAGUGUUUGACUUGCUUCAAGUGUACGGGUUCGUGCCCAAGACACAAACCAACAUGGCGGUCGCAACUCUCAUCCAAAGUUUGGCUCCACUCAACUCGAGUGCCAACCCAAUCAUCUACUGCUUAUUCUCCACACAUUUCUGCAGAACUCUCAGAAAACUACCACCAUUCCGUUGGCUGGGCCAGUGCUUCCCGGAGCGAUCAGGUCGCUGCCUGAGGUACGGCACCGAGAGCACCUCGACCAUGACCGAGACGCUGUCGUCGCGACGCUCAGCCACCACCAAUUCGGCCACCUCGAUGCGUCACCACGUCACCAUUCGACUUCCCAACGAAACCAGGCAGCCGGUCGUCACUGUUGUCUGAGACUCGCAUAAGCGCGAGGCGCUUGAAUACCUGUAAAUACACUGUCAAUCAACGACUUGAGAACUCAUCCAAAGCCAAUUUAUUGACUGUCGUGUGAUGCAAAAACGUUCUUGUGAUUCAAAGGCUCUACAACGUCGAGGCUCACAAAAAAUAUUGCAUGGGGCUAUUCUAUGCUAUCUUUCCUCUUUGUUCAAGGUUAGGUUAAGUGACUUAGGCCAACCUAACCUGAUCUAAAGCUGCGUACAGACUUCGGUGCCACAAGCACACGCAUUCAACUUCAAAUCAGCUGAUUAAAUCUGUAUUUGUACAGAAACAGUAAGGUUCAGAACUUCAAAUAGAUUUGAAGGCACCCGACAUUCGGAACUUCGCAUCUUCAACUUGUGAAGCAGUUCAGCAAAGAAAGAUUCUAUUACUGAGCAUGAUAAUGCGACGGGAUUUCACAUCAUGUACGUUGGGAGAGCUUGCUCAUCAAUAAGCAUAGCAUCAAUUUAUUGAUGAAAAGUGAAAUGCACGUGUUCGUGUCACUUAAGUCUGUACGCACCUUUGAGAAUGUGUACAAAAUGUCUACUAUUCAUAUUCCGGACUACAAAGAUGUUCCAAGGUUCUUCAGUAUUUUUGUCUUCUACGUAGAAAUUGUGUUUUAAGGGUAAUUUAGUGUAAAUACUUCAGUAUUCAUGUCUUUCAUGUAGAAUUUAUGUGUAACAGCCGAGUAUCUUGGACUAUGAUACUGAUGAAUCUAGUCUUACAAAGCCAUCUUAAUCUGUCUGUUGACUGUGAGCAUUUGACAAUUUCUCAGCCUAUCUACGUAGAUCUACUGUGGUGACGUAAAGACAGUAGAGAAUAAAAAAUUUAACUGAAUUAGUGAUAGACCUAAGGAGCUGACUAACGUACGUCGUUCAAACGCUGCAUUUAUUGUUGCUUCCUAAUCCAUUCCUUAUGUAUAACUAGAUUCACGUACCAAACUACUGGAUCCGUGAGUUCUAAUGCAGGUAGUAGGCAGAAGAGGCGCCUGAGUUUUGAAACUCUACAUCUCCAACUUGUGAAGCAGUUGGACAAAGAAAGCUUUCUAUAUUGAGCAAGCUAAUGCGACAACGGGAUUUCAAAUCAUGCAGACGUUGGAGAGAUUGCUUUCAGUACAUCUUGAACAUGGAAACAGUUCAAAAAUAGAUGUUACCGUAUUGAAUGUCUGAUGCAAAAUAGAAAAACUGAAAAUUGAGAAUCUCAUUUGUAUUGCGAAUCACACUACUCAAUAAGUAUAGAUCUCCAUCACCUUGUAAUAGAAAAAUCGAUAAAAAUAGAAAAACCUUCGCGAUUUUUCUAUUACAAGGUAAUGGAGAUGAAAGAUCUUUCGAGGACUUUUCUAUAUUUUUGCAACACAGAUGCGUUUUCCCAAUGUUGGAAUGAGUCCUCUGAUAAAAUUUUUGAAAGAAUAUUGUACGAGAGAUCCUGUCCAGACAAGCAUCAUCAUUACGAAAAAUCUUACAUCAUGGAAAAUUAUAUGUUUAUAGUUGAAAUCUCAACACUUGAUUUUGGAAUCCAUUUAUUUAUUCAUUCAAUUAUUUUAUAUUUCCAAUAUUCUCAAAAUGAGAGAUGUGUACAUAAAAAUAUUACGAAUAUCCCUUCAAAUAACGGCUGAUAGUGUUGAAACUCGCAUUUGGAACACAUUCGAUUUAGAUUCCAAUUGAUUCCAAAAAUUUUCAGCUAAAAUUACGACAAUUCCCCAGCAAUAAAGUGAUAUUAAUCCGAUGUUGUGACUUUCUCGUUAUAUGUGGAACCAUAAAUGGAUUUCGAUAAAUUUUUGUCUCUACAUACAUGUUCUCUUUUUUCUUUCUCUUGUAUAGUGUACAUAAACAAAUUGUAAACUAGUCAUUACAGCUCUCCACUAAGUAACGUUAGUCUAAGAAGUUUUAAAAGUUUGAGAAACUGGAUUUAAUAACAAUUAAAAUAAUGAUAAUCAUCCAAUCAUAACUGUCACAUUAUGUACUGUAGAAUGUCUGUCAUACAAGGAGGUGAAAAGUUGAUGAGACAAAUUUGCAAGAUUUGUGAUUUCAGAUGAAAAUACGAUUAAUCGAAAACUAUUUAUCAUUAUGUUCUUAUCGAUGAGGGAAAAAUACCAACUUUAACACUCAUGAAUAUGGUUUUCACUAACAUAAUAAUAUCACUGAUUUUCUUCUUCUCUCUAGUAUUCUCCUCCUUCUCUUCUAAUAUAUUAUGUAAAAGGAAAUUUAAAUUACAACUUAAGGAAAACAAAGCCUACAAAUCAAGUAUAUGAACGAAACUUUAACAUUGCUCUUUAAUAAUCAAUCAGCUCAAUUAUUGAAAAAUUCCAAUCGAAAAUUCUCUAUUUGAGAAAGUUCGGAGUUUCAACAAGAGAGUUGAACAAGAUGAGAGUUCAAGUGACUCGAAUGCUAAGCGUUCAAUUUCAAUUCACUAGAAGAGCCCGAUCCGACUUCUGAAUCUAUCCUAGCGGAAUUGGACUCUCAAUUCAGAAGAUUUUGAAUGAGAUUUCUUUUUUCAAUUGAGCUCUGAAGGCGUUCGGUGCGAAGUUAUUGGAAAGAUUGGGAAAUUACUUGAUUGUUUGUGUAGUACUUCAUUACGCCAAGCUGUAAAGAGUCUCGGAAUUUGAUAGAUUUAGAUAGAAAAAUAAAAGAAAAUUUUCCAUCACUUAUUCUCCUUCAAAAGAAACGGAUGACUGAGUUUUUCUAAUAUCCAACAAUAAUUUUCAUCAACACAUCCAGACUAAUUUGAGAUCCACUUGCCCAAAAGGUUAACAUUGUUAUAGUAUUGAAGUUUAACAAUCUGCCAAUAUUUCCCAAUGUUUCUACAUCAAUCUACCAUGCUAAGAGAAAGAAUGUAUAUAUUUGAAUAGCAGCUUUUUCCUUGUUCGAUUCAAGAGUAUCAAUGAGAAUGGGUUACAAGGAAGGAAAAUCACGAAUAAUGUUCAUUAAGGAAACAGUUUACAAUAAAGAAUAAAAAUUAACUACUAUUUCUAAAACAUGAUGAGCUUGAUCUUUAUCUGCUCUUCUAUCAGGUAAAUCAUUGUUCAAUUGUGAAUUCUACUUCCCGAAUGAGAGUGAAAAGAGAUUUCUCAUUUGAUAGUAUUUUAGAUCCACUAGAUGACUAGAUGAACGGUCUCAGUCCCUCAAUAUUAAAUUGAAAUCUUGUUUCAAUCUAUUGAAACAUUGUAAGAGAAGUGAAAACUGCUCAAGUUGUUCACAAUUUCACAAGCUAUCGGAAAAAAAUCAUAGCUUUCUCACUUUUAUCAAUGUUUACAAAUUCGAAUCGUUGGGUGUUUCGAAUCAUUGUGAUUUUACAAUUAUUAAUACUAAAUAUACUUUGAUAGAAUGAAAUGAAAUUCCCAAUACCCUUUUAAAAUGUUCUAUCAAUCCAAUACAAGAAAAUAAGCAGUGUGAUGAUUGAAUGGAACAUUUCGAAAGGAUACUUUAGAUUCCAUUUCCUAUAGGAAAAGUGCAUAUUAGAAAUACACCUUCCAUUAUAAAUAAAAAUGAGAAAAAGUGUAGGCUACUGUAAAUAUGAAUUUCUUACUAUUGAUAUGUAAUGUAAAGCCUCCUUCCAUGUGUAAAAUUUUGUCAUGUUUUGUAUCAGUAGAAAUUGACUGUAAGUUUAGAAUCGUUGUAAUAAAUUAUUAUUGUUGUACUGUUCAAUUAUUUAUUCUAUUUGUAGUUAUGCGAUUUUGUUAUUAAACCUGAUUAUUUGUUAAAA